CCCUCAUCCUUCAGCCUUGAUAUUAUAUCAUCGUGCCCUUGUACGCUCACUCGAAUUCCCCGGACUGGUACCACCAUAAACAAACUGCGAUCUGCUAAGCCGCAUGAUCGUGUGCUGUCUGAAACGUUAUCGCAGAGAGGAUGGCUAGUUAUUCGGCAAUAGAUCCUGAGCCCGAUGCUGUCGAUGCUAUGUCGUCCAGCACCGGAUCGCUUCGAGGGGCCAGGCGGCGGGGGAAGGGAAAGAAAGAUAUCGGCUUCACAGGCCAGGCAACAUGGGCCUCGAGUGUGAUUAACCUCGUUAAUACCAUUCUGGGUGCUGGCCUCCUUGCCAUGCCGUCUGCCCUUUCGAAAAUGGGUAUCUUCCUCGGCAUUUUCGUCAUUUCCUGGGCCGGCUUGACGGCCGGCUUUGGCCUCUAUCUCCAAACCAGAUGCGCACGAUACGUCGACCGAGGCCAUGUUUCCUUCGCAGCGCUGUCGCAAUUGACAUACCCGAACCUGUCUAUCAUAUUCGAUGCCGCUAUUGCUGUCAAGUGCUUUGGUGUGGCAGUGAGCUAUCUUAUCAUUAUUGGCGAUCUUAUGCCUGGAGUGGUAUUGGGAUUUGCGCCUGGCGCUGGAGAGAUAGCAUUCUUGGUGGACCGUCAAUUCUGGAUCACCGCAUUCAUGUUGAUCGUCAUUCCACUGUCGUUCUUGCGACGUUUAGAUUCGUUGAAGUACACUAGCGUCGUCGCCCUUUGCUCGAUUGCAUACCUCGUGGUUCUCGUCGUUGCACAUUAUAUCAAGGGCGAUACGCUACAAGAUCGCGGCGAGGUUCGAGUGUUCAGGUGGGCUGGCCCAGUAUCUGCGCUUGCCGCAUUUCCUGUUAUUGUUUUUGCGUAUACCUGCCAUCAGAACAUGUUCUCAAUUUUGAACGAAAUUGCAGACAAUUCGCAUUUCCGCACCACGAGCGUUGUAUUCGCUAGUAUCGGCUCCGCCUGUGGUCUAUACAUCUUGACUGGCAUUACUGGCUACCUGUCGUAUGGCGACAACAUCAAGGGCAAUAUCGUCAGCAUGUACCCGACAGCAGCCUACUCCACCAUUGGCCGUGCCGCCAUCGUCAUUCUCGUCAUGUUCUCCUAUCCUCUCCAGAUCCACCCCUGCCGAGCCUCGAUCGACGCCUGCAUGAAGUGGAAACCACGCAGGCGCAACGGACCUGGAGAGUCGUCGCCGUCUCGAAACGCGCUUCUGAACAACCCGAUGCCCUCAAUAAGAGCCGCCGAAAUGGGUGACGUCCGCUUCGCCAUCAUCACGACCGUCCUCAUUGUUCUCUCCUUCAUCACCGCGAUGACCGUGUCCUCCCUCGAGAAAGUGCUCGCCUACGUAGGUAGCACUGGCUCAACCACCAUUUCCUUCAUCCUGCCCGGAUUGUUUUACUACAAGAUCUCCGACCCAGACUCGCCGCACCAUCAACGCCUCGUCAAAGACGAAGACGACGAGAACGAAUUCGACAGCGGAGAUGCCGAGGGCUAUAUCAUGAGCGAUGCCCACAAGAGCCGUCACUGGAGGAGAGGCUUACUACGCACCGCAAGUCUGGCCCUUGCUAUCUACGGCGUAUGUGUUAUGAUCACUUGCUUGAUUACGAAUACCUUCCUUGUUGCUUCCCAUUGAGCGACGACCAAAGUUCCUGCCUAUGGCAAGCUCGUCAUCGUUCCUUCAACGCAUCGCGCGGCGUACUUGAAUUUUUUAAGAUAGGUGCAUAUAUUCUUUCCGCUUUUUAUAUCGCAUCGUUUGCGAGAGACGGGGCAUUUGGGACGUCAAAGAAUGGUUUUUUGGCUUCAUAUAUUUCGAUGAUAUUUAAUCGCGUAGGUUUUGGGACUGCAAUAUCUUCAAUGUUACAUGUCCGGAUUUCUUCCUCCAUGGACUAUUGUACAUAUACUCUUAUAAAUCCAACAUCUUGCAUGCUUCCCAAUAGUUGAAACUCAAAAACGCCCAUUGAUGCUAAACAUUCCCUUGACGUACAGAAGGGGAUCCUGGGGAACUUAGUGGAAUCCCACAGCUC